AUGAACGCGCAGCUGGACGGCCUGUCGGUGAGCUCGUCCUCCACCGGCUCGCUGGGCUCGGCGGCCGGGGCGGGCGGCGGCGGGGGCGCGGGGCUGCGGCUGCUGUCUGCCAACGUGCGCCAGCUGCACCAGGCGCUGACGGCGCUGCUGAGCGAGGCGGAGCGGGAGCAGUUCACGCACUGCCUGAACGCGUACCACGCGCGCCGCAACGUCUUCGACCUGGUGCGCACCCUGCGCGUGCUGCUGGACAGCCCGGUCAAGCGGCGCCUGCUGCCCAUGCUGCGUCUGGUCAUCCCGCGCUCCGACCAGCUGCUCUUCGACCAGUACACGGCCGAGGGCCUCUACCUGCCCGCCACCACCCCCUACCGGCAGCCUGCCUGGGGCGGCCCCGACGGCGCGGGUCCUGGGGAGGUGCGCCUGGUGAGCCUGAGGCGCGCCAAGGCCCACGAGGGCUUGGGCUUCAGCAUCCGCGGGGGCUCGGAGCAUGGCGUGGGCAUCUAUGUGUCGCUGGUGGAGCCAGGCUCUCUGGCCGAGAAGGAGGGGCUGCGAGUCGGGGACCAGAUUCUGCGUGUCAACGACAAAUCCCUUGCCCGGGUGACCCACGCUGAGGCAGUCAAGGCUCUGAAGGGCUCCAAGAAGCUGGUGCUGUCUGUGUACUCAGCGGGGCGCAUCCCCGGGGGCUAUGUCACCAACCACAUCUACACCUGGGUGGACCCCCAGGGCCGAAGCAUCUCCCCGCCCUCAGGCCUGCCCCAGACCCACGGCAGCACCCUGAGGCAGUGCGAGGGUGACUCGAGGAGCACCCUGAACCUCCUGCAAGGCGGGGAUGAGAAAAAGGUGAACCUGGUGCUGGGGGACGGCCGGUCCCUGGGCCUCACAAUCCGAGGGGGAGCCGAGUACGGCCUGGGCAUUUAUGUCACCGGCGUGGACCCAGGCUCAGAAGCAGAAAGCAGCGGACUCAAGGUUGGGGACCAGAUUCUGGAGGUCAACGGGCGGAGCUUUCUCAACGUCCUGCAUGACGAGGCGGUCAGGCUGCUCAAGUCAUCCCAGCACCUGAUCCUGACGGUGAAGGACGUCGGGAGGCUGCCCCAUGCCCGCACCACUGUGGAUGAGACCAAGUGGAUUGCCAGUUCCCGGAUUGGGGACACCACCACGAACUCAGCAGGGUUUCCUGGGGAUCUUACAACGGAAGGGACAAACAAGCUGGGAUUUUACAAGGGCCCGGCUGGCUCCCAGGUGACCCUGAGCAGCCUGGGCAACCAGACGCGCCUGCUGCUGGAGGAGCAGGCGCGGCACCUGCUGAAUGAGCAGGAGCGAGCCACCAUGGCCUACUACCUGGAGGAGUACCGUGGCGGCAGCGUCUCCGUGGAAGCCCUGGUCAUGGCCCUGUUCGAGCUGCUCAACACGCACGCCAAGUUCUCGCUCCUGUCUGAGGUGAGAGGCACCAUCUCCCCCCAAGACCUGGACCGCUUCGACCACCUGGUGCUGAGGCGGGAGAUCGAGUCCAUGAAGGCAAGGCAGCCCCCGGGCCCUGGGGCCGGGGACACCUACUCCACGGUCUCCUGCAGCGACACGGGCUCAUCCACAGGCAGCCACGGCACCUCCACCACUGUCAGCUCGGCCAGGGAGCGGCUGCUGUGGCUAAUAGACCUGAUGGAGAACACUCUGGACCUGGAGGAAACUGGCGAGGCUGUCCAGGGCAAUAUGAACACCCUCCCAGAUGUUUCCCUGGAUGAUGUCAAAGCCACCUCCGAGGGGCUGCCUGUCUACAAGCCGCCGCCUCCCCCACCCCCUCUGGCCCAAGGCCACAGCCGCCCGCCUGAGCAGCAGAGGAAGCCAGGGAAGGAGGGCCUCCAGCCACCUUCCUCGGCGUCUUCCCACUCAGGCAUCGUCUUCUCGGCCCCUCGGAACCACAGCCCGCCAGCGGGCACUGCCCCUGCCCUGGGGGCCUCCUCAGCACAAGACUCGCCCUCCUCCCCCAUCUAUGCCUCGGUCUCCCCUGCCAACCCUGGCUCCAAGAGGCCGCUGGACGCCCGCCUGGCCCUGGUCAACCAGCACCCCAUCGGCCCCUUCCCGCGAGUCCAGUCACCGCCGCACCUGAAGAGCCCCCCCGCGGAGGCCACGCUGGCAGGGGGCUGUCUCCCGCCACCCUCCCCCUCCGGCCGGCCAGACGUGACGGGCACGAACCAGCACUUUGUCAUGGUGGAGGUGCACCGGCCGGACAGCGAGCCGGACGUGAACGAAGUGAGGGCGCUGCCCCAGACACGCAGUGAGUACCGGCCGACCCCGGGUGGGCUGGGCUCGGGGUGCCCGCCCCGGGGUCGUGGGGGCACCCAGUCCCCUCCAGGUUGA